AUGGAGCUGAAAUCAAUGGAAGAAAGAUCGGCAGUUUUGUCAGCUCAUAUUAAAUUGAAAGAACAUAAGGUUUGUAGAGAAUCCAAGAAAUUAUUGGAUCUUGAGAAGGAGUUUGAGGCGAAGGAGAAGGAUUUUGAGAUGGUUCGAAAGAGGAUUGUUGAUUGUGAGCAAGUUUUGAAAUUGAAAGAAGAGAAAUUGAAGCAAAUGCAGUUAAUUGAAGAAGAACUUGCAAUGAAGGAGAAGAGUGUUGAAGAUCAUGAACAAAGGCUUUUUCUGAAAGAGAAUGAACUUGGUGCAAUUCACAGUGAGUUGAGGGUGCUUUCUGAACACUUAAUAUCAAAGGAAUUAUCCAUCAAAACAUCUAUCGAGGAACGAAGAAAAGAACUCGAUGUGGAUGGAAACCAACUUGAUGCGGCCCAACAAUGUAUUCAAGAUUGUCUCGAUUCUGUCAAUUCUGUCAUAAGACUUACAAAUCUACCUCCUUCAAUGGAGGAGAAUCAACAUCCUACCAUGGAGGAGAAUCAACCUAAUUCUGUUGAGUUGAAGAAGAAUGAACUGAAUGAGUUUAAUCUUUUGAUUGAGAAGUGUGAUACUGCUUUUAAAGGAAAAGAGGUGAAGUUGAAAUCAAUGGAAGAAAGAUCGACAGUUUUGUCAACUGAUAUUAAAUUGAAAGAACAUGAGGUUUGUAGAGAAUCCAGGAAAUUAUUGGAUCUUGAGAAUGAGUUUGAGGCGAAGGAUUUUGAGAUGGUUCGAAAGAGGAUUGCUGAUUGUGAGCAAGUUUUGAAAUUGAAAGAAGAGAAAUUGAAGAAAAUGUAG